GUGUUCUAAAUGGAUUUUCUAGGUUUGAACUUGACCUGGAAGCUGUGCAUCACCAUAAUGAGGCUUGUAAUUCUUGAUAACUAUGACUUGGCUAGUGAAUGGGCAGCCAAAUACAUCUGUAAUCGCAUCAUUCAGUUCAAACCUGGAAAGGACAGAUAUUUUACACUGGGUUUACCAACAGGGAGUACACCAUUAGGAUGUUAUAAAAAACUAAUAGAAUAUCACAAGAAUGGAUUCCUUUCUUUUAAAUAUGUGAAGACCUUUAACAUGGACGAAUAUGUAGGACUUCCCCGACAGCAUCCUGAAAGCUACCAUUCUUACAUGUGGAAUAACUUUUUUAAGCAUAUUGAUAUAGAUCCUAAUAAUGCUCAUAUCCUUGAUGGGAAUGCUGCAGAUUUACAAGCAGAAUGUGAUGCAUUUGAAGAUAAAAUAAAAGAAGCUGGAGGAAUUGAUCUUUUUGUUGGAGGAAUUGGUCCAGAUGGUCAUAUUGCUUUCAAUGAGCCAGGAUCCAGUUUAGUAUCAAGGACAAGAUUAAAGACCCUAGCAAUGGACACCAUAUUGGCAAAUGCUAAAUAUUUUGAUGGAGAUUUAUCAAAGGUGCCAACUAUGGCUCUAACAGUUGGUGUGGGGACAGUGAUGGAUGCUAGAGAAGUCAUGAUCCUCAUAACAGGCGCCCACAAGGCAUUUGCUCUCUACAAAGCGAUAGAGGAAGGAGUCAAUCACAUGUGGACUGUUUCAGCUUUCCAGCAGCAUCCCCGAACUAUUUUUGUGUGUGAUGAAGAUGCUACCUUAGAAUUAAGAGUUAAAACUGUGAAAUACUUUAAAGGUUUAAUGCACGUGCACAAUAAACUUGUGGAUCCACUGUACAGUAUGAAAGAAGGAACUGAAGGAGACUGGAGCAAAAUUCUGCUUGAAUGAACAGAACUUCUAUAACAUGAAUUUGCAGCUAUGCAAUAUUAUAAAACACGGGAAUUUUUGAAGAUUGUCACUUCUGAAGUCCAGUAUCUAUGUUAAACAUUCCAUAUUUAGAAUGUAUUUUAUACUAGGGUUAGAAGUAGUUGGGUCAUAAUCAGCUAUUUAUUUGAAACCACAUAGCCGCUCUAUAAAACAGCACAGAAAUGAAAUGACUGUUUAAACAUUUAAAAAGUCUUUAAAAGAAUAUUUUUAUUGAUUUCAGAGAGGAAGGGACAGAGAGAGAGGUAA